AUGGCUCUAUUAAGAGGCAAGCCUCUGAAUCGGUCAGAGGCUAGGCUGUUUGGUUCACAAAAACUUCACCUCUUAAUGGAACCAUUCAGCUCUGAAUGGUUCAGCUACUUUUCACAUCUGAAUAAAACAUUGGACACCCAUACCCUUGCCCUAACAAAACAAACAACCCCUCUUCUCCUCAAUACACAGAGACAUCAUCUUUCUCCUCCACAGCCAACAUCAUCAUCUUUCUCCUCACAGCCGCCAUCAUCUCCUCUCCUCCACAACUUCGCCGCCCUCCAUCCACGUCGCAACAGUCCUCCAUCGCAGCGCCCUUACAGCCUCCGUUCUCCUCCGCCGUCCUCCACCACUCCGCCGCCCUCCGUCUCCACCGGCUCCUCCAUCCACCGGCCUCCUCCCUCCACCGAUGCUUCGGUCAUAGAGAAAGGCCUUAAUAUUGUCGGCUGGUUAAAUCAGUUGGUAACAGAGGGUAGGCAGCAUGAGAUAAUUGGUGAUAUUGGAAUGUGA